CGACCGUGACCAUGAGAGCAUCUAACUCUCAACAUCCCUGGCAUCCCAGGUCCAGAAUUCUUAUCCUAUCAUCAUUCUUCCUCCUAUUUCUAGUAUUUCCCGAAUCUCGUGCGCGUGGUAUUUUUUUAACAGAAGCUGGUGUUAAAACUCUUGUGAGUGCAGAUGAUAAAGAGCCUCUUGGUGAUGUUCAGAACAGAGGGAGUGAAGGACUUCAAACCGAGAAGGCAGAUAGCAUUUUAAGUGAGAGAAUUAAGACUGAAGCUAGUGAUGUUCUACCUGAGAAGAUUAUCCCUGAAGAAAAUAAUGAGAAGCAGGAUCUACACGUGAAGGCGGAUCUUGAUCUGAGGAUUGAAAAGACAAGUAGUUCAGGCAUUCGAAGGUUUGAUUCAGAUGUUGCUGCAGUUGAACCUGGCAACGAAGCUCUACAGAAUGUCAAGGCUAGCCCCAAAGGAAUUCACAUCGGUAGCGAAACUCACGUCGAAGUUUCGGAGGUGAAAGUCAAUCUCCUACCUGAACGGAAAGAUGGACAAAAAGAGAUUGUGGACAGUGAUACGGAACUGGGAGAAAAGUUUAAAAAAGCGAGAGCAGAAGACGUUCAACAUGGUGAGAAAUCUGAAACGGUUCCCAAAGAUAAGAAGGUGAUUAUCAUCAACACGGACGGCCUCGGUAAGUUUGAAAAUUCAGAACAGGGAAGUGAAGCUCAAACCCAAUAUCGCGAUAUUCUUAAAUCAGAACUUUCAGUUCCAUCUCCUAAGUCUGAAGUUAGUUAUACCAUAAUAGAACUAAUUAAACAGCAAGCUAUGCUUCUUCAAGAGAAAAUCAGAGACAAAACGCUUUUUCAAAGUGUCAAAGAACCCACCUUACUCAUACCCGAAGCUCCCCUACUGACUGAAGAAGAUAUCCUAAAAUCUUUGAAUUCUCUUUCUACUACAAAAAAACACCAUGAUCUAAAUAUUGAACCCUUUAGUCAUGAUUUGCUAAACGACAAGCAGCUUGAGAUUAUUCAAUGUUCCGCAGCGAUAAUCGAAGCGCAACAAAGACAGACCUUCAUUUCAAGCAUGUAUGACUGCGUUCGCAACUUGAGUGUCACGAACUGUAUGAGAAUCUUCGUUUAUCCAAUCUUAGCUGAAACUGUACCUCAACUAAUUAUACAAAACAUUCCAGGACUUCCGAUAGAAGUGAAUGUUUCCGAUUUCUUCCCCAACAGAAAUAAAACAAAGUCAGCUAGAUCUACAUCUUUCUACAUUUAUCCCUUGUUAAAUGGUGAAGAAGUUGUCAUGGGUAUGCUAAAUGAUGCUCUUGACACUCACAGGAGUUACGAAAACGUUCCAUCCUACAUUGACCCAAUGAACGAAACCUUUGUCCAGAUGUUAUCACCCGGACAAUUACAGAUUUUGCAGAUGGCUGAAAAACUUCUUCCAGUCCCAAGUCGUCAGGAAUAUGCUGACAGGAUGUACUCCUGUGUCAAAAGGUUUGAGUACUACAGCUGUCUGAGAUACUUCGCCUGGCCAAUGAUGAAACAGUACUACCCAGCCCUCUCCAAUUUUCCAGAAUAUCUGGUCGUCUACCCUGUCUAUAGUCCAUACCCGGUUGUACCUUUUCCUCUCGAACCAGGACAGCUCCCAGAAGUAAUUGAAGCUGAUCCCAAAGGCAGACCUCAACCUGAUACACUAAUCCUUCGCAUUCUCAGGGAAGGGUUAAAACCCGGUAGAGAACAACCCGGAUAUUUGGUACCCUUGAAUCUAUCAACAGCUAACGCAGGCGAAAUAGAUAAUAAUAGUAAACAUUUUAUUACUUUAGAGCAGAUGAUCAAAACACUACCUUUCCCAGAAAGGGCACCCUAUGCUCCAGUUAGAUCUCCUUCAGCAAUUCCAAUCUCACAGGAUCAACUAAAUGCUCUUCUAGCCGCCAGACAAGUUCUCCCUCCACAAUUACGUACUGAAUUUGCAGCCCAGUCUCUGAAGUGUGUUCGCGAAGUUGAUUACUACGCCUGCAUGAAGUACUACACAUGGCCAAUAUUAAGACAAGCUCAGCCAACAUUACCUCAAUUGCCAAAUUUGUUUGAACUAUUUCAACUGCCGGACUUCUCACAGUACUUUCAAAUUCCAGACUUUUCAGGGUUAUCUCAGUUACCUACUUUUUCAGGAUUCGUUCCCUCAUCUUUACCAACGUUAUCUCAUUUCCCUGGAAUAUCAAUAAUACCAAACAUACCGCACCUACCGCACAUACCGCACAUACCGCACAUACCAGAAGCACCAACCAGUCCGACAAUACCAACAAUGCCAGGAGCGCCAUCUAACGGAACAAUACCAACAACACCAGGGGCGCCAACUAUACCGGGAGUACCAACUAUACCAGGUGCACCAACCAUACCUGGUGUACCAGCCAUACCAGGGGCGCCAACCAUACCUGGUGCACCGACAAUUCCAGGCGCACCUACUAUACCGGAAAUUCCAACCAUACCAGGUGCACCAUCCUUUCCAGGAGCACCAACUAUACCGGGAACACCCACCAUACCAGGUGCACCGGCCUUUCCAGGAGCACCAGCCAUACCAGGAGCACCAAUUAUGCCAGGUGCACCUUCCUUUCCAGGAGCACCAACUAUACCGGGAACACCCACUAUACCAGGUGUACCGGCCUUUCCAGGAGCACCAGCCAUACCAGGAACACCAAUUAUGCCAGGUGCACCUUCCUUUCCAGGUCCACCAACUAUACCGGGAACACCCACCAUACCAGGUGCUCCGGCCUCUCCAGGAGCACCAGCCGUACCAGGGGCACCAAUUAUACCGGGAACACCCACCGUGCCAGGUGCACCGGCCUUUCCAGGAGCACCAUCCAUACCAGGAGCACCAAUUAUACCAGGAGCACCUUCCUUUCCAGGUGAACCAACUAUACCGGGAACACCCACCAUUCCAGGUGCACCGUCCUCUCCAGGAGCACCAGCCAUACCAGGAGCACCAAUUAUACCAGGAGCACCAACUAUACCAGGUGCACCGUCCUUUCCAGGAGCACCAACAAUACCGGGAUCACCCACCAUGCCAGGUGCACCGGCCUCUCCAGGAGCACCAGUCAUACCAGGAGCACCGAUUAUACCAGGAGCACCAACUAUACCAGGUGCACCGUCCUUUCCAGGAGCACCAACUAUACCGGGAACACCCACCAUACCAGGUGCACCCGCCUCUCCAGGAGCACCAAUUAUACCAGGAGCACCAAUUAUACCAGAAGCACCAACUAUACCAAGUGCACCGUCCAUUCCAGGAGCACCAACUAUACCGGGAAUACCCACCAGUCCAGGUGCACCGGCCUUUCCAGGAGCACCAAUUAUACCAGAAGCACCCAUCAUACCAAGUGCACCAGUUAUACCAGCAAUACCAGUUAAACCAAAUUGUACUGGAACACCUCCAACACUUAUAAUUCGCUUUUCUCAGGGAAGUGAAACUGGAUAUCUUGCAGGAGCUACCGGAGAAGGGAGGCACGUUCCAUCGCAAGGAGAACCAAUUCAAAUUUCCUCUAGCCGGAGCGAAAUACGUUCUAACGUUCCUUUAAUAUCCAUCACAGGAAAUGAAUUCGUACCUAUUUUGUCUGAAAAUCCAGAGAGCGUGAUUUUCACCAUACUAAGGCUCUAUCAAAUAUCAGACCCACGCCUGGUGAACACCCUUGCUGUUUCUUUUUUGAAUUCUACAACUCCUGAGUACUCUAAUUUCUUGAACUUACACCAAGAAAAUACAAUUUUACUCGCAAAGAGCAUGAUUCCAAAAUCUGCCCGUAUGUCUUUUUCUGAGAAAAUGAUCUCCUGCACUCGUGAUAAGAACUUCUUAACAUGCUCUAGGGAAUUCAUGUUCCCCACGUUGGCAGACUACUUCCCGAAUUUACCAAGUUUCCCAAACUUUGCAUCUCCAGAGGAUGCUAAGGACUUUACACAACUAAACUCAACAGAUAAUGAUUUGACAACUAAGCAGAUUUCGGAGACGAAUGUCAAGAUUGACAAGCAUGGAGAAGCAACUCUUACUAUCACAGACACGAGGUUCAUACCCAUUUUCUCAGAACAUCCAGAAGGUGUUAUUAUGAACAUUUUAAGAGCUCUUCAACUAUCGAAUACGAAUUUCGCACCUGGAUCCUUGAAAACACGAGACCUUAUCCACAAUUUAGAAAUUGAACAUUUCUCAGACGAGCAGAUUGUGAUUAUUGAAAUCGGUGAAAGUCUCUUACCAGAAGAGCAGAGGGAACAUUUCAUCAAGAGUAUGGUCGAGUGUUCUAGAAACAAUGAGUUCCUAGAUUGUUCAAGAGACAUUGCUUUCCCUAGUAUUGCUCAAUACUAUCCAAACCUACCAAAUUUUCCAAAUUUCGGAAAUCAAGCCGUAUUUAGUGGAAACCCACAAAGUUUACGAACCCCAAUUCAAGAUGGGUUUCAGAAACCAGAUAUUGAUGCCAGCUCACACUUCCAACAGAUUGAGGACCAUCUGCAGAAUGAAAUUGAAAACAUACUCAUCAGUACAGCAUCAGUAAACGAAAGAUCUAAGUCCCAGAAUGAUGCUGUUGCUGAAACUCCCUUACAAUUUGCACCUGGUUUUUUGUCUAAACAACAGAGGAAUAUAAUGAGUCUCUCAGAUAGUAUAUUGCCCGAAUCAGUUCGACCUGCUUAUCAUGCGAGGAUGACAGAGUGUAUGCAUAGAAACAGUUUUGUAGCUUGUAUGCAAAACGUAGGAUGGCCCCUCUUAAGGCUAAACCCACUCCUCUUACAUCCACUCCCUCAAUCAGUUCCAACUGGUCUUAUUCCAGAACCUACUAUUCCUCUUGAACUUCUUCAACAGCAAAAGCAACCUUCACUACAAGAAAUGUAUCCUGAUCUACCAUUAAGACUUCAACACGGAUUAGCUUUCUUAGGACAAUCCACUCCAUCUCCACAAGAAAAUCCAACACAGGACAUCACGUCGUCAGUAGGCAGGCAGGCAUAUGCGCCAGAGAUACCAGCCUAUUUAGGACAGCCAUUUGCUCCUUUCGUAGACCUUUCUAAUGAACGAGUAGAUCCCAAGAAAGAGCAAGAAGACAUCAAACCUGAAUCCGAGAUGAACAUUAAUCACAACAGAAGAAAAAGAAGCUCGACGGACCUUCUAGACUCCUACCCCGAAAAUAACCCUGACGAAAACAAAGUAUCAGUUCGCAGAAAUCUUUCGAAAAUUACUUUCCCCAACAUGACUGAGUCCGAGUUGCUCCAGCUUUUGAUUCACCUGAAAAACUCUAAAGUUAAUUCUCUGAAGAAUACACAACAAUCAAAGAAGUAUUUCAUCGACAGUAUUGAUCCUGAAGUAAAAAGUACGCUCACCGCGGAUCAGGUACAAAUUCUGAAACUUUUUGAAGAGCUGAAUCCCGAGAAUUCACGUGGUCUCAUGUCUCAACUCUGGCAGUGUAUUAGAGGUCUUAGUUUCAUCAGGUGCGCAGGUGUAUUCAUCUGGCCGAUGAUCACCAGUAACCUACCAUCCCUUGGACCAUUUUCAGGCAGAUCUUCAGCUUCAGGAGUUGAAGAAUUUUUCGGAAUGCCUCCUAAUGAUUUCGAGAAAGAACUUAUGGUGAAGAAACAACAGUUUGAGGAUGUCCUCCUCACUUGGUACAAGAACCUUAUUGAACAGAAAUUCGAGACAAAUAUCGGAUAUCUCAGGUUCAAGGGUCACGGAAAUGGUGAAUUAGGUAUAAGUCUCGUCGGAUUUCGUGAAGGCAGAGCAAAAGUCGUGAAGGACAACAAAAAUCUCCCCAGCAUCUUAACGAUCAUCAGUGAAAUCAUGGAGGACGUCCUGGAAUCAAAACCAAAACCCGAUAAGAAUAAAAAGGAUCCGAAAAAAGGAAAGAGCAUUACAUUCGAGGAUGAUAGUUAUCAAUUCCUCCGGGACUCGCAAGAGGACUCGAACAUUGAAAGAUCUCUGAAGGACGAUCUCAUUCUUACUUCCUUGUUGGAGAAGUUAAGGACCAAUGAUUCUGACACGAAGAAUGAAUAUCGACAGUACUUCACUAUUGAAGAUGCUUACAAGGCUUUUGAACUCCUUUUUGGGACAAAGUUUACAAACGAAAUUGGUAGCAGGCUUAAAUCUUUCAGCGAGGAUCACUUUCGGUCCUUCAUCGAUAGAAGUAUUGCAGAAGAGGAACCAGAUGAUGAACUAAAGAUAGUUCCCCUCGAAGCCCAGGAGAAGUUGCUUGAAGAAAAACUGAAAAUCAUCCCUCUCUUGACGCCUCAUGCUUACUACAAUCUUGACAACGAAUUGGGAAAAUCGAAAGAUGUCAAAAAAGAGUUGGCAAAGGAGCAAUCUUUAACAAAUUUAAGGGACCAGGCAAAGUCGAAGAAUGGAUUUAAUUUAACUUGGAAGAAGAAACACCGGACCGAAUUGUCUAUACAGCUUCCUCAAUUAAAUGAGCUUGUUCUUAGUAGGAAAAUAACCAGUAGUAUUGUCCACAUGGGUAGAGGUCUUAAGAAUAAGAUGAUGCAAAUGGUGCCCGGGAUUGGGGUGGUGAUUUCGUUUUUGCUGCACAUGACCCUGGCUCAUGCUAGAACUGCUGCAUCAAUGGCUGGGGUCAUGAGCAACAUGGCACUUGGGAUGGGCAUGUUUAGCAUGGUUCGUGAUGCUUUUUUUGGGCAACCAAAUAACCCUAAAGUUAAAUAUGUCUAUGACACUGAAUCGUCUUAUCCGGGAGUUUCUUGGCCCAAAGAACCUAGUUAUUGGAAACGUAUUGCAGGUCAAUUAGAAAAGGAAUUACAAUUUGUAGAGCGGCUUGAUCAUUUGUUUGACAUAUCGGUUCAAAAUGCGCUUGAAAUUAUGAGUGAUGGUGAAGACAAAGAGUUCCUACGUUUACAGCAAAGAAAAGGACGUGAAGGUUCUUUGGAAACAAUUGUUGAUACAUCUUCAGCAGCUGAUCAAAGCAACUGCGAAAAAGAUGAAAGACGUCCAGCUGAGCUUACCGAUAUAAACAAUCCAGACUGGAUUCCUUGCAAAAAUCUAGGUAAUGCCGUGGGCACAGCUUCGAAGAAACCAUCCACUCCAGAACGGCGCGACAGGCGGAGAAAAAAGGUCACGAUUGCUGAAUCAAUUGAUACAGAUGGCCAUUUGGAGGAUGAUAUCGUAAUUGAUGAAAUUAAGGUGGAAAUCGAAGAGAAAACUGGCACGGCUUCACAAACUGAUGUUCUUGGAACAGAGAUAGAUCGUUUGCGUGAAGAAUUGAGACUUGCAAAGGAGGAAAUCGCAGAAUUAAAGAAGCGCCAGCAAAAGAGCGACUUGCCAGAAGAGUCGUUCCCCAAUGAUGACCGUAAAACCCUCUACUUCACAGGAAUUGAUAUUCCGGACCUGCCACGUAUUAUUUGCACUCCACACAUACGUGCUGUCAUCCGCAGCCAUUCGGACGAAAUAAGUUUCAUAGCCAGACACUCAGUUUCUGUACCAACUUCAUCCAGGAAUCAUCCUAUAGAAUGUCCUGAACAAGGUCUGGUUGACGCGACCACGUCAUUCGCCAUCUGUGACCGAUCGAGCAUAACAUUGCUCUCGGCUUCCCAGGGGGAAAUUUACCACCGGCACAGUACCACACAAGUACCACCAGUCGGAUUUCGGCACUGGCGCGGUACUGUUAGAAUACUGGAGAUGUUACUUCCGUUCUUGCUCCUAGGAUGUGUCCUCUCUACUACAGGGAUCUACAUCCCUCCAGGACCAAAAUAUCGGUGUCCAACGGAGACCAAUUUUAUAUGGCCUUGUAUCUGUCUCAAGGGCACUGAUGAUGGCCUUUUCAUAAAAUGCGAGAAUACAAAUUUGGCCAGCUUGAGCUUGGCCUUUGCAAAUUUAGGAAACGAAGGAGUUCCUAUCGAAGAACUCAUACUCUACAAAUGCAACAUAGCUCGAAUUUAUGGUCCAGCAUUUUAUCCACUCAAUAUUCGGAUUUUACGACUGAUUGACACCCCUAUCAAAUUUAUUGAUGAACACAGUUUUCUUGGUGUGAAUCGAACUUUACAAGAACUUCAUAUGACGGGCAGUAAUCUCGAAAAAUUUCCAAAGGAGGCCUUACAAAUUCUGGGAAACCUUUCGAUUUUAGUUAUUAGGGGACAUCGAUUGGAGUCAAUGAGUAACGAAUUUUUCACAGGAAGUAUGGCGGCUUCGAAAAUGGAAAGGAUAGAAAUAAGUAACGGGUCGUUGACUUCAAUAUCAGUAGAGAGUUUCUCUCCUUUGAAGAAACUAAAGUCAUUGGACCUUCAUGGCAACAAAUUACAGGAAUUGAAAAAGAAUCAAUUUAAGGGUUUGAAGGACAUGGAAUACCUCGAUCUUUCAAAUAAUUUGAUCAAUAAACUUGAAGCUUCUCAUCUAUCAGAUCUUACGAAACUGAAGAUUUGUAAUAUUUCGCAUAACGCAAUUGGAGAGUUGAAAAGGGGGACAUUUGCUAGGAACUCUCUGCUUCUGUUGUUAAAUCUAAGUCACAAUAAAAUACGGAAACUGGAUGCUAACACUUUUCGAGGAAUGCGGCAGAUACGGAGAUUGUACUUAAGUGAUAAUUUAAUCAAUGACGUCGGCCGUAGUACUUUCGAAUCAGUCUCUAAAGUUGCAACAAUCGACUUGGCGCGAAACCAACUUAAAAAAAUAGAUUAUCAAAUGUUUAACCAACUGAGAUAUGCGGAGGAUUUGGACUUGUCUGGAAAUUUGGUCGCAUUGAUUGAAAAGCUGGCAUUCAAGGAUUUAACUUCAGUAAAAGUCAAUUUGUCCCACAACCUAAUAUCGCAAAUCGAGACAAACGCAUUUGAAAAUUGUGCGAAUAUUACAGUUUUGGAUUUAAGUCACAAUAAAUUAACCGAUUUUUCGAAAGCCGCUUUUGACGAGCAUACUUAUGCUGAUCAACUACAACUUAGUCACAAUUCCCUAACAUCACUAAACCAGGUUCCUUUGCAAUAUAUGAUUUCUAUCAGAAUUUUGAACGUGUCCCAUAAUUCUUUAAGAUCAGUGCCAAAAAAUACAUUUCCCAAAUUAUAUGAGCUUCACACGAUAGACUUAUCAUACAAUAAUAUAUCAGAAAUACACAAUGGAAUUUUUCAAACUUUAUUCAGUCUCCGAUUUUUAAAUUUGUCCCAUAAUUCGAUGGAAAAAGUUCAGCCGUCGACUUUUGGACCAGUUCCUACUUUACUCGAAUUGGAUUUGAGUUAUAAUCGCUUGCGAGAAAUAUCUCGAGGCAGUCUAACUCGUUUGGCUAGCUGCAGCGUCCUGACAGUCAAGCACAAUAGCCUGGCAAAACUUUUCCAAUUGCCUAUUUCCCUUGGGCAUCUCGACUUUUCUGAAAAUUCCUUAGAAGAAAUUCCCACUGAGGAAACCUGGCCGUCUAUGAAUGCACUUUUAACACUGGACUUAUCAAAAAACAGAUUAGGCGAUAAUUUGAGGCAUGGAUGUUUCGAUAAUUUACUGACUUUGAGGUCCUUGAAUCUACAGGAAAAUAAUAUUUCGAAACCACCAUGGGAAGCUUUAAGUACACUCACUAGUUUACAGUAUCUUUAUCUUCAGGGAAAUAAAUUGACAGAAUUAAACAAAGGAGCCUUUGGACGACUGCCAAUAGUUUUUGAACUCAAUCUAGCAGAUAAUCAGAUUCACAACAUAAGUAAACGUGCUUUUGAGGGAUUUUUGCAGCUGUUGACUUUAAAUCUCACCAACAACAACAUAAGCUAUAUCCCCAACGGAGCAUUCCAAAGCCUUGUCUCUUUGAGAACCUUGGACUUAUCAUACAACAAUUUGGAAAAAAUUGACAAUAAGACGCACGGUUUAUUGGAUGAUUGUCUCUCCCUGGAGAGAGUGAAUCUCAGCCACAAUAAAAUGGCCUUCAUCACGAGAAAGACAUUUCCAAACGAUCCUUGGAUACCUUACAAAUUGAAAGAGAUCGAUCUUUCUUACAAUAAAAUACCAGUUCUCACUUUCGACAUCACUGUAGGAGGCAAAAAACUGGUCUACCUCAAUCUAUCUCAUAAUAAUAUCAACGAGAUCCGAAGAUAUGUCAUUGGAAAUCUGACAAAUCUUGAAACGUUAGACUUGGCAUACAACGAGCUGAGCGAUAUUUCGGAUUUGGAUGUCUUUAACCCACCGAAUAACCUUACAAAUUUGAUCCUCAAGAAUAAUCGGUUCUCUCAUCUGCCUUUUGAGAAAAUCGUCCCGAUGCCGAACCUGAAGCUGCUGGAUGUUGAAAAUAACCAAUUUGUGGGAUUCAAUAAAAAUUUGAUGGCGAUAAUCAACAAUGGGACCAAACUUAGAUAUAAUGGAAAUCCUCUGCAUUGCGAUUGUUACGUGAGACCAUUAAAAAGGUGGCUAAAAACUUUCACCGAAACUCCUCCAGAAUGGUCUAAAGUGACUUGUGCAGGUCCAAGUUACGUUGAGGAUAAUAAUCUUUCAGAAGUUACCGAAGAUUUAAUGACCUGUGGGGAAAGACAAAUCGUUGAAGAUCCCAAAUUGGACAUUACACCUGACCUUCGAUAUAGAGAUCUUGAAUACAACGAUGAAGAUAAUUCAUGGAAAGCCACCUGGUACGUGACAUCCCGAGAAGACGUGGGUGACUUUUACGUCGUGGUACGAGAAAUCGGGAAGAAGCCUGUGAUAGAAAAAGAUGUCGUAUAUAAUGAAAGGUCCUACAAGGUCCGAGACCUUCCAAAUUCAAUGACGAAGUAUGAAUUAUGCGUUCUUGCCAGGGACUCAAUUGGCAACGUCAAGCAUUUCCGAAGUUCCCAAUGCCAGCUUUUAAAUCAGAGAUUUUCUGGCUCAGGAAGUGUUUCUUUUCAGAUGAACACGUUUUUAUUAUUGUUAUCUAGUUUUUUAUUGUUGAUUUAAAAAUGAAAAAAUGUGAAGAUCCAACUUUCCCUAAGUACCCAAUUUGUACUCUAAAUCGGUUAUUCCCAAACUAUAACUGACGGCAGGGUCACCUGCCGCGUCAACGGAUUGACCCUUUAAUUGUUAUGAGAUUAUAACCUGUUACAAAAACUGAAACUAUGAAAAGACGGCUCAGUUAAAUUAUUAUCAACUCAAUCAAUUUUAUUUCAUUCUAUAAUGAGAAACAAUUGAAAAUUUUUUUGAUAAAAGCUGCUUGAUCUUUUCAGUAAUAAAUAAAAUCUUUAAGUCCAUGCAAAAGUACAAUUCCUCUCAACUGGGAUAAACUGGAAUCUAACGAUGCUGAUGCAGCCUAUUGACAUUUAAAUUACUUACAUUUUACCCAAUUUUCAUUUCUCUCUAAGGACUCUAAUCGUCUACCAAUAGAAAGGUCGCGCGAAGCAAGCAACCCAAGAAACUGCAAAAAAAGUUUGGGAACCGCUGCUCUAUUUCAGACCAUCCUAGUUAGAAGAAAUUACCGAGAGAAGCAUAUGUUGAACUUCCACUUCCAUUUCUUCUGAAGAGCGGAAGUGAGCAGAAGUGAGCUUGAGUGGUGCCAAAGUCGCCCCUCCAACAGAUAUUUCGUGUCUUCGGGACUAGGCUACCUCGAUAGAACGAAAGAUGACCACGCGACUUUACCACCACUCCAGAUAACUUCUGCUCACUCCCGUUCUUUAAAAAAAUGGAAGUGGAAGAAGUGCAACAUUUGUUUCGGUCGGGAAUUUUCCCUCGCUGGACAGUUCUACUCUAAAUGCUACAUUUUUUAUUUCAAGGCCUUCCAUUUAUUCCAUUUUUAUUAUUUAAAACAUUAUCUGUUUAUUUUAUUCCUUCCAACAAAACUCAAUGUGUGCAAAAGUAACUCAAAAAGGUAUUCACCUGAAAACGUGAUAUUUACAUUAGUGAUAGUUAUUAAUUAAUGACUGACAAAUGCAACUAUAAUUAAUGCUCUAAUCUUUUAAGAUAUUGAGGAAAAAAAAUUCUAGGCAAAACUAUGUUUCCUUGAAAUUUUACACAAUGUUAAACACAAUAUUGUACAAGUUGUAUAAUGUAUAUAUUUCUGUUUUAUAAAUAGCCGAUGUUCAUCA